UUCACAUUUGAAGAUGUGGUGCAUGCAGAACCAUUGGUGCCUGCAUCAACGCAAACUAUGGCGAAUGUGCUGUUCAAUCUGCAAACACCCAAGCUGGGUGGCGCUAUUGUCUUUCCGCAAUUGGAAAUGGGUAUAUCGCUGCCAGCGAAUGCGCUGCUGUAUUGGACGCAACUGGACGAGUACUAUGAAUACGAUUAUCGAAGCAAACAACAUGUCUGUCCGGUGAUAGCUGGCACACAACUCACGGUCUAUACAAGUAUUACAGCACGAAGCUAAUGGAAA